AUGCCUAGCAGACAUCAGGAAGAAUCAGCGAAAGUUCAACGCGAAACUAAUGGUAUCAGGGCUAAGGAUCAGAGGGAAAGGAAACUGGCCCCAUCUCAAAAGUCUCCGUUCGUGGGAAACGUUACGGUUAAGGAGCUCAUACGUAACAAGAAGCAGCGCUUAGCGGUCUACAAUCCGUAUCUGCCCGAAGACAAGAAUGUUCGGAAGGAACUAACGGCGUUCCUGAAGUCUACAGCUGGGUAUCCAAAGCUUGACAAGGAUAAGUUUCCCGUGUGGUAUUGGUGGUGGGAACUCAUUACGCAGCCGCAAUGGCUAUCGGACUCGCACAUGGACGCGGUCAUCAAUCUGCUGCGGCUCAGAAUGAAAGAACAACCGCACAGCUUUAGAAGUGACAGGCUUUGUCUCAUCGAUAGUGGUCUUAGUCUGUUUUGGACGGCAAAGUAUGACGAUUUCAAGAAGUCUGAGCCUAAUGUCUUUGGACUUGGGAAGUACCUCCCACCUGACUCACUUGACUACUUCCAAGGCACGAAACCAGAAUUCUGCCAGACGAAUAAACGAUGGUGCAGGGACAUUGACGACCUAUAUCUCCCGUUUAACAUUGGGAAGAACCACUGGGUUGCUCUAUUCAUCUCCUUACCGAAGAGGCACAUCACGAUCUGGGAUAGUUAUCCCUGCCGUAUGGACGAUGAAGAACUGGCGACGGAGGUGGAACCCGUGGCUGUGAUGAUGGCGUACAUGUUACGCGAGAUGGCACUGGUGGAAGAACGUGACAACUAUCCGUUCGAUAAAUUUACUCACGAACGUAUUGCUGGUGUGCCGGAGCAAAAGGGUCCCGGGGAUUGCGGUGUCUACUGUCUGAAAUACAUCGAGUGUCACGCAACUGGAAACGCUUUUUCAGCCUCUUCACUGUGCAACAAGAACAUCAAGGCAAUUCGGAGUAGGUAUGCUUGUGACAUUUUCAAGGAGACCGAUUGCAAGGGACCGAGGAUCCGUGACUGGGACGGUCUUGAUCCUUUCGACGGGAGAUGCUGA